AAGGCAUUUCCAUUUUAGGCAGUUUGUGGCUGGACAUGUUGUGAAGACUGGUACGUACUGUAAUUAUUAUAUUAAUGCAGAGGGAUCGUAAACACAAGGACAUGUAAUGAGAAAACACUUACUAUGCAGGAAGAAGGACAAUAUUGGUUGGAACGUUACAGGAUGAGGCGCUACAUGCACUUAAAGUGGACUAUACUCAUGGUUGUUCUUGAAGGGGGGUUCCCAGGUUCGUACAGUCAGGAUUGGGCCAUUACCCUCCCUGAAUCCAUCAGAGCAUUGAGAGGAUCCUGUGUGGAGAUUCCCUGCACAUUCACCCGCCCCAGGGGCAACAAGGACUUCAGUCUGGUUUGGUAUAAUGAAGACUCUUUUCCUGACAAAAUAAUAUUCAGCCAACAGGAUCCCUCUGAUGUGAGUGAGGGUUACAGACACCGCACUUCCCUGGUCGGCAAUGAGCCAAACAGCUGCUCCCUGAGGAUUAAUGGUGUGCAAGAGAGUGAAACGUAUUAUCCCUAUAUAAAUGGAAACUGUAAUAUCUUCUCAGAUAUCUGUCAGACUGUGCGGGUUCAAGUCUCAGAUGAUCCAAAUGUGCCAGUAAUAAAGAUGCCUUCAAUUCUAACUGAGGGGAAACGUGCCUUCAUCUCCUGCUCUGUAGAACACACGUGCCCCCCCAGGCCCCCUACUCUACAGUGGAACAGAGCUGGGUAUAAACUCACUGACAGGCAGCAGAGCCUUAAGGAUGGAGUAUGGAAAGCUGAGACUGUAAUGGAAUAUCUCCCCUCCUACCGGGAUCAUGGGGCUGAACUUGAAUGUGAAGCUACGUAUCCAAAUGGGCUCAGAUCCCAACGCCGGGUCACUUUAAACAUAAGAUAUUCUCCAAAAAAUACAGUAAUUAUUAUAUCUGAUGGGAAGAAGGAAAGGAAAGAAGGCGAUGCCGUGAGUUUAAUCUGUGCCAGUGAUGCCAACCCUGCUGCCAAUGCCUUUACCUGGUACAACAAUAAGAGAGAUGGAACUGUAGAGCUGAGGGAGGAGCAGGGGCGGAGCAUAACUGUGACUGUGGGGCGGGGCAGAGAGACAUUCUCCUGCACUGCAAGGAACCCACUGGGAACUGGGAAUUCCACUCUCUCUGAGCUGCAGGUUUUUUAUUCACCAAAAAAUGUCAGAGUCAUAUCUGAUGGGAAGAAGGAAAGGAAAGAAGGUGAUGCAGUGAGUUUAACCUGUGCCAGUGAUGCCAACCCUGCUGCCAAUGCCUUUACCUGGUACAACAAUAAGAGAGAUGGAACUGUAGAGCUGAGGGAGGAGCAGGGGCGGAGCAUAACUGUGACUGUGGGGCGGGGCAGAGAGACAUUCUCCUGCACUGCAAGGAACCCACUGGGAACUGGGAAUUCCAGCGUUCUGGAUCUGCAGGUUUUAUCCACACAGACAGGAGAGGAACCGCCAAUAGGAAUUAUACUCGGGGGUGGAGCUGGUGCUGUAUUGGUCAUACUAUUGGCUCUUGGUCUAUAUUUAUUUCUGAGAAAGUCACACAAAGUGGAGGCUUCAGGAGACAGGAGAGUUGAGACCAACAUUCAGCUUAAUGAAAACAUUUACAUUGUACAAGAGAAGAGAGACACAGCCAUAUAUGAGAAUUCCCAGCCCCUGGAAAGUCCCUACGCUGCCCUUCAGAGGAGAGACACAGACGUAUAUGAAGUACUCAAGCUCCAGCAAAAGAGAUCCCAGUGACUGCAAUGGGUGUGACAGCUAGAAUCCAUUAAUUUAUUGAAAAAUUAGAACUUGGGAGGCGGACAGACCGGCGUAUUGGGUAGAAUUUAGGGGUUUGGUAUUGUAUAUCAGUAUUGUGUAUUAUAUAUUUCUAGGACCAAUUCACUUAUGUACCAAUAUGAUGAUGAGGAUUACAAUAUAUUUACUGCUGUAUUACACAUUAACAGCUUAUUGGUUGCUGUGUCUCAUGUAUCUCCAUAUGGAUGUAAGAGUCACAUGAUUCCAGUAUAAAUAAAUAAAGCUAUCAUGUUGAAA